AUGUAUUCCCAAAUCUCACAUCAACUCCUCUUUUCAGGCGCAGGGGCCGGAGCAACUCUCCGGGCAAAGAUUGAUGGUAAUGUCGUCGCGUCCAAAUCAUCGCCAAGUUGGGCUUUCCAUUCGGAUCUCCGGGCUAAAAAGCAUGCGUUUGCCAAAAUGUUUCACGACUUCAGAUUAAAUCACCGUCAUAUUGAUAGAGGGGUAAUCGCAGGUUCUGAAUAUGAGAAGGCAGGCCAGAGGAAGAACAUUUUGUGCGCACGAGGAGAAAUUGCAACAGACUUUCUCGGGGUAAAUUCAGAAAGAACAGGGACACCUGGAUGUAUCCAGAAACGUGGACCUUGUUCUGAAGAUGAUUUGUAG